AUUCUUUUCGAGGUCUCGUGAAUAGAGCGAGUGCCUCUUGGCCUUCAUACUCGGUCCGAGGUUUCAAUGAACAACCCUAGGAUCGUAGAUCCCUCUGAUACUUUACUGUAAGAAGGUUGUUCUCUAUAUGAGUGAAAGUUACUAUACGUUGCACUGCCAGCCUUACAAUGAUGAACGGACACCCUUGCUAACAUCGUAGGGAGGCUGAUGUCGGUGAAAUCGGCGUCUAAGCUCCGGGUGGUCCAAGCCGCGCGACCGCCGCCAUGAACAUCAUCGAGCCGCAACUCCAGUGUCCCAAACAUUGUCGCCGCAUCACCAUCACCACUACCCCUCAACAGUACCUUCCACUUUACCUGCCGCCAACCUCGAGACCUCUAGCAGGACCAAUAACACCACCCGCAGCUACCACACGCCGACCCCGCCACUAUGUCUAGCGGAGAGGUGCUCAAGGCGGAGAAGGACUUCACGAAGGAGGCCGACACUCAGAUUCCGGAGGCGGAGAAGCUCGGAAAGAGCAACCCACAAGCUGCUAUCGACCAGCUGCUUCCGCUCGAGAAGAAGACACGCCAGGCUUCAGAUCUUCAAUCCACCUCGCGAAUCAUCAUCGCCAUCGUCACAAUAGCCAAGAAUGCAAAUGACUGGAACCUCAUGAACGAGCAGGUGCUCCUGCUCUCGAAGAAGCAUGGUCAGCUCAAGCAGGCCACCACCAAGAUGGUGCAGAGCGUCAUGGGCUUCUUGGACGAAACGCCCAACCUCGAGACAAAGCUCUCCGUCAUCGAGACACUGCGGACAGUGACUGAGGGCAAGAUCUUCGUCGAAGUCGAGCGCGCCCGCGUAACCAGGAUAUUGUCCGACAUCAAGAAGGAGCAGGGCGACAUCAACGCGGCUACAGACAUCCUCUGCGAGCUCCAGGUGGAGACAUUCGGCUCCAUGACCCGACGAGAGAAGACCGAGUUCAUCCUGCAACAAGUCGCGCUCUGCAUACAGAAGGGCGACUGGACACAAGCUGGCAUUCUGAGCAGGAAGAUGAGCACAAAGUACUUCCAGCGCAGGCCCAAGAAGUCGGCAGAGCAGCUGGAGAAGGAGCAGAAGGAGCGCGAGGAGAAGGAGAAGACCCGUAGCGCAGACGACCCACCGAUCGAGCCUGAGGAUGAUGUCACAGACCUCAAGUUGAGGUACUACGAGCAACAGAUCACCCUGGCGAAGCACGACGACAAGUACCUCGAGGUCUGCAAGCAUUACCGACAGGUACUGGAUACAGAGGCCGUCGAGGAGGACCCCAAGAAGCUGCGAGCGAUCCUCCAGCGCGUCAUUUACUUCAUCAUUCUCGCACCCUACGAUAAUGAGCAGUCCGAUCUCAUCCACCGCAUCCAGCGCGACACACGCAACUCGCAGAUCGCACAAGACGCGCAACUCGUCAAGCUCUUUACCAUCCCCGAGCUGAUGAGGUGGCCCAUGGUCUCGAAGCAGUUCGGGCCCCACCUGACCGAUAGCGACGUUUUCGAUGCAGAGAAGGACGACUCGGACGAUGAGAAGGCACACAAGAGGUGGCAGGAUCUGCGAAAGCGCGUCAUUGAGCACAAUGUCCGCGUUGUUGCCAAGUACUACACUCGCAUCCAGAUCCCCCGUCUGACCGAGCUGCUGGAUCUGACAGAGGACGAGACGGAGAAGUACAUCAGCGAGCUGGUGACCGCGAAGACCAUCUACGCCAAGAUCGAUCGACCGGCGCGCAUUGUCACCUUCUCCAAGCCGCGCGGCUCAGAUGAUAUCCUGAACGAGUGGAGCGGUAACAUGAAGAGCUUGCUCGGUCUUUUGGAGCGUGUUGACCACCUCAUCACCAAGGAGGAGAUGAUGGCGCGUAUUCAGCCGACGAAGAUCGACAAGAAGGCGGCUAAGGGCAAGGCGAAAUGAGUCGGGAGAUGAUGUGACGAAGAAUCAUGAUUAGUCUAGAAUUGGAAGGCCGUCUCUAGUAGCCUCCGCGCAUGCAUUGCGCAU